UGUAGGAUGAACAAGAGAAAGGUUGUGCUGGAAAGUAUCCCUUGAGGUGACGGAGAUCGACUCAUCUCCGACGACUCAUCUCCGUCAUCUCAUGGUGGACGCGUCGCGACAACAUUGACUUUUUGGAUCGUUACUGUACCCACCAUGUUCAAGCCGAGCACUCGUCAUAACCUGCCCGCCUUGACGGCCGAUGUCAAGAUCAACAAACGACAAUCGACCUCUGCGUCGUCUUCGUCGUCGUCGUCGUCGUCCCGUUGGCCGUAUCGGCUCAAUUUCUAUGACCAACCGCCAGUGCUGGACAUUACGCUCGAAGAGUUUGAAGUCUUUGCCAUUGCAAGGCUCCGCGUCUUGACGCAUAUCGAGGCGUUGUCUCAUCGAUCUCUGCCGUUUCCUCAGUUUUCGUCGGCCGUGGGGACGUAUCUCAAACAGCACCUCCCCUUGUCGUCUAAUACCGCGAGAAACGUAAACGUGUUGGAGGAACGGAGAAAGGAUGAGAUUGGUCACUGGGUGUUGCGUCUGGCGUUUUGCAGAAGUCCCGAUCUGAGGGCGAGGUUUCUCCGUUCUGAACUGGCACUCUUUCGCCAACGUUUCGAGACCGACGACGCAGCCGAACGAGCAGCGUUUCUCAAAUCACUUCAGUUUGACUGGCAGCUUGUCGAUGCGGGUGAAAAGGCGAGGCUGGAGACGGAACUCAAGACGUGUCUGUGGACCAGUGGAACGAGCAAAGACGAGGCGUUUAGAGCGGAGAGCUGGUUCAAGGUCCCGUGGCACACUGUCCCGGAUCUCGUGGGUCAACGAAGGGUUUACAUCAACGGUGGGAUGGCCUAUGUGCCUCAGAGUUUGCAAAUCAGCUUGGUGCUGCAGGCCUUUGGAUCGAGAUUGGAGAGGGCUUUAGAGCUCACGGCGAAAAACCUCCCUCGAUUGGACGAAGAUGAACGACUCGGGCCUGUGCUUGACCACCUCGCCACCUCCUUUCUCUCUGGACUCGGAGCCGCCGAGUAUCAAUCGGAAUCCGAUGGGAACGGGACGACAGUCACGGCAGACAUGGUGGAUGAUGUCGCUCGGAAGCAUUUCCCACCUUGUAUGCGGAAUCUGUACGAUAGACUCAAGCGUGAUCACCACUUGAAACAUUUCGCAAGGCUCCAAUUGGGUCUGUUCCUGAAGGGUAUCGGACUUCCUCUCGACGAGGCGGUCGUGUUUUGGAGACGGAUGUACGGGGCCACCAUGUCGGACGACAAGUUUAACAAGGAGUACAAGUAUAACAUUCGCCAUGGGUACGGACAAGAGGGCAAGCGGAUGAAUUAUGCACCAAAGAGUUGCCAAGCCAUCCUCACUAUCAACCAACCCGGCACGCAAGAUUCUCACGGCUGUCCUUUCCGUCACUUUUCACCCGAUAAUCUCGUGAUUUUUCUGCUGUCGACGUACCCUCAAUUGGACAGAUCAUCACCCGAGAUGCGUGACAUUCUCGAUAGCGUCAAGACGUCUCACUAUCAUGUGGCGUGCACGAGGGUCUUUGAAGUGACUCAUGGGUUGAAAAAGGGACAAGGUCUAGGUCCAGAUGGUGAGACGGUGACUCAUCCCAACAAGUUUGUGGAUAGGAGUAGGGAGAUGGAGAGAGAUCGGAUGGAGGCCAUCAAGGCAAAGGAGGGCGGCGGGGAUGAGGAUGUGAAGAUGGAUUGAUGCAUGCU